UCAAUCACGCAAUCUGUUUUUCCGCCGCCAAGAUAGAAAAUACGCCAGAAAUGUACCUGAACACACCUCAUUACCAGACCACCACGCCCACCUGUGGUUAAUAUAUUCCAAAAGUCCAUUGUUAUUUUAAAGAUGCAUGCACAAGGUGUAAAAAUAGACUGUUGAUGGGGUGUACAUGGCAACGCCACGCUACACGCCUUGCGGGGUGUAUGAUAGGCCCCUAUGUGUUUAACAGUAUAUUUAUAUAAACCUUUUUUACAGUACAUCCAAAUUUUGGUUCACGUUAUAACAUUUUUUAGUCUUUCUAAAACACUUCCAUGACCUUAACUACAGCUAGUCCAGUCACAAACAGUCUGUUUAUUCCAUGACUGUGUAUUAGCAGUGCAGGUUCUGUAUUAUCCUAUGAUGAGGUCAGCAGUUUAUUGCUGUUUAUUGAGGGCAAUUAUAAUUAUAAGAGCCCUUUGCCUGUUGCUUAAAUCAGCACUUGAAAAGGAGCCUAACAAGAUGGGGGCAGCAUUUCCCUUCAUGUUGGUGGUACUGCAACUGGUGGUCCCACCAAUGCUCUCCAUCCCUGCACCAAACCUCAGUGCAAACAAGAUCCGUCUAAACCCUGACCUGGGGGAGAUGGUCCCACCUCUUGAUGCUCAGUCUCCACUGAUACCUCCUGAUACAACCCCAGACAUAACCACUGAGGAGGAACAACCCUCACCCUUCAUGUUUGAAGACAAUGUCAGCCUGAAAUGGGUAACCUGGAAUGGCUCACUUCCAAACGGGGCUGUGAACAUCUAUAACGGUUACACUAAACGUACAGACUACAUCUGCAAAUAUAACUGUGAGGCUGGAUUCUACACUCCAAGCAAAGGGCCAUACUGCUACUAUCCUUAUGCAGAUUCUGAAUAUCCUGCUUCUAAGUUUGAGGUGUUGGUGAAUGAAGACUACUUCGAGUUCCUGGAAUGGAGAUCAGGCUCUUACGGUUCUGUGCCCCCAAACUCAGUCAGAACCUGCUCUAGAGGUGAUAUCUACGUAGGUAAGAACAAAUAUGGCCUAGGCAAAGUUGUUCCCAGACAUGAAGCCUUUUUCCUGCCUUGGGAGGGCAAGGAGUAUUGGUACAAGAAGUAUGACGUGCUCACCAUUAACAGAGACACAUAUAACCAGCAAAUCUCCCAUGUGAAGUACGCCAUUGAUAAGAUUGUUCUGCUCAACCAUCCUCCGGAGACCAUCCAAAUGGCUAAGGCCACCAAUUACGAGUGUUCCAGCAUUGAAAAGACAGUGCUGUUGGAGAAGAGCAGCACUGUGGAGAAGUUCUGGAACAUUGGCAGAGAAACGCGCAAUGGAACCCACUCAAUCAUGACCGGGAAAAUCCCAAUCAUCAACCCAGACAAUGUGGACUUCACCAAGGAACAGACCGUCAGUUUUUCAAAGGGGACAACGUUGAUCGAAACGGUCAGCCACUCCAUGUCUGUGCAGGUCCUGGUUCCUCCCAAUUACUCCUGCGCAGUUAGGAUGGAUGCUAGAAGGAUGACUGCGGAUAUUCCAUUCACAGCCCGCCUGAGUCGCACAUACAGCAAUGGAGAAACCCACUGGACCACCGUCACCGGGACGUAUGAUGGUGUGAAGAUUGGAGAGAUCAACGCUGUGGUGGAACGUUGCCAGCCCAUCCUUGAUGCUGAACCCUGCGCUCCUGAAAGUGAUUGAGACCACAAUGUGAAUUAACUUCUUUAAAAAUGUGUAUUAUACCAUGCAUUGCAAUAAAUAUGAUUAGAAGCUUC